AUGAAUAAAAAUAAUAAUAAAUAUUGGUUUAAUCUUCGAGAGGCCAAAUCAACACCAUACUUACAUCCAUCUGAUACAAAUUCUAAAUCAUUUAAAAAUAAUACGGGAUGCCGUUUUUAUUCCGUAACUCAACUUUCUUUAAAAGAUGCAAAUCAUGAUUAUAUGGAAAACCCAAAAAAAAUAUUUUUUAAUGCAGGUUGCUCUUCAUCAUCAACAGAUAUUAAUAAAUUAAUACAAUUUUACAAUGAUUCAGCAGAUCUUGAUGUUGUUGCUCAUUGGAUUAAAGUAUACGAAGAUCAUAAAUUGAAAUGUAAAAAUGAAGCAUUACAAAAUGAUAAUAUGAAGAACGGUAAUUGUAGUAAUGAGGUUGAAGAAGAAAAUAUAAAUAGAUAUUUACAUUCAUGUGAAAGUUUUGAUUCUUAUGAUUCAGAUUGUGAUGAUUUUUUAAUGUCAUUCCCAAAAUAUAAAGAUAAAUAUAAAGAUAUUUCUAAAGUAAAUGAUUUAUGUAAAGAAGAAAGAUAUACUAUAAACAAUAGAUCACUAGAUAAUUUUACACAAGAAAUAACAACAAAAUUACCAUUUAAAAUGCCAAAUGAAACCUUAAAUCUUGAAAAAUGUGCUUCAGCUGAUUUUAGAUCUAAUAAAGAAAAAAUUAAAGAAAAAAAGUUAGAACGUUGUAAAGAGAUGUUAAACAUAUCUUCUAUUGGAGAUGGCACUAAUUAA